AUGGUACAAAAGUUAACGAUAUUGUUUGCGCCCGUGGAAAGCGUCGGACACGUGAAUCCAUGUAUAGGUUUAGGUGAAGUACUGCUGAGUCGGGGCCACAAAGUGGUCUUCGCUGUCGACCAAUCAUUUGCGGGAAAACUAUCGCCGUUUGGCUAUCCUUCAAAUGAUCGACAAGAAUGGGAAAAAUACAAUGAAGUUUUGAAAGACGGACACAAACGACGAAACAUUAUAUAUAAUGAAUGGAUGAAAGAAGAAGGAUAUCCCAUAAACACAGACAGCACAUCCUUCCCUAUUUCGCCGUUUCUUAAUAUCUAUGGAUAUCCCGAAGAAUUGGAUUACACAGACAUCCGACCCAUACCUGAGAAGUGGUUAAGAGUCGACACAUUUAUGAGAAGAGGAGAGAAACAAGAGUUUAAAAUUCCCGAU